CACAACGCAGCCCUUGAAAAACAGCUUCUCACCCGCAACGCGGCCCUUGAAAGGCGCGUCGAACAUCUCGAAGUCGCCUGCCUGGAUCCUGGCAGAGUUUCCCACCAUGACCACGACAGCCAGACAUGCCAUCACAACUGCCGGUACAACACCUCGGAAACCUCCAGUGUCCGGCACCGAAUCGAUGACACCAUUGACGCCGGAUUCGACACGGCUUGUUCAAAGCUGGAGGACUGGGCCCAGCUCGAAUUCGAAGAACAAGUCAGAGCAGAGAUAGCCGGUCAAAUAGAGGACAUACAGCGAGAUUUGGGUAAGGAGUGGGCGGAAAAUAUUAGAGACGAUGUUAGGGAAGAGGUUAAGGAGGAUAUAAAAGAAGAAGUUAUAAAAGAGACAACUAAGGAAGUAUUAAAGAGGAUGGCAGGGGUUAUAGUAGAGGCUGUGGAGAGGAAU